AAAUCACAAUUGGACUAAAAACCCCAGUAAAACCCAGCACAAAGGGGGAAAUAAAAGGGAAACCGAGCUCCACGACAUCGGCGGCGGCGGCUUUGACCAUGACCAUACCAGGGCAGGGCCGGGAGGCCCCCGGGGAGGGCUCCGACGAGGAGGAGCUGUUCAUCGACGAGGCGGACAUCAUCAACGAGGUACUCAUCGACCAGGAAGAUCUACCUGACCGCGACGAAGAGGACGACCAUGGCGAUGACGAUGAAGAUGAAAUGGUUGUCUCGGAGGAUGUUGAUGAUUCUAUAUACACUUUCCAUGGUCAUACAGAUGAAGUGUAUGCUGUUGCAGUCAGCCCUAUAGAUGCAUCACUUGUGGCCUCUGGUGGCAAAGAUGAUAGAGGAUUCUUGUGGAAGAUUGGAUCUUCAGAUGGAGUGCUGGAACUAGCCGGCCACAGAGACACUGUCUGCACAGUAGGUUUCAGUUCAGAUGGUUGUUUGGUGGCAUCAGGAGGUUUUGAUGGGCAAAUCAACGUGUGGAACACUGUUACGAGAACUUUUCAGGGAACCCUUGAUGGUUCUGGACUAGGAUUUGAGUGGCUCAAAUGGCAUCCUCGAGGUCACUUGAUAAUUGCAGGAUCAGAAGAUUGUAAUGUAUGGAUGUGGAAUGUUGACCAUAAUGCCAUCCUGAACACCUUUGCUGGCCACAGCAGUACCGUGACAUGCGGUGACUUCACCCCUGAUGGCAAGCUGAUAUGUACUGGAUCAGAUGAUGCCUCAUUAAGGAUAUGGGACCCAAGAACUGCACAGAGCAAACAUGUUGUCAGAGGCCAUAAUUAUCAUGCUGAUGGAUUGACAUGCUUAUCUAUUACUUCGGAUUCCCAAACGGUUGUUAGUGGCUCCAAGGAUAACUCUGUGCACAUUGUAAAGAUAAACUCUGGUCAGGUUGUUGACUCAUUGGUAGGUCAUACUGGUUCUGUUGAGUGCAUUGGCAUUUCAUCAAGUUACAACUGGGUGGCAACAGGGGGCAUGGAUCAAAAGCUCAUUAUCUGGGACCUUGCUCAUCAGUCAAGUCGAUGCACUUGCGAGCAUGAUGAGGGUGUGACAUCCCUUGCAUGGUUGGGUUCCUCAAGGUAUGUAGCAUCAGGGUGCGUCGAUGGCAAGGUACGCAUUUGGGACAGCUUAUCUGGGGACUGUGCUAGGACAUUCAGCGGCCAUGCCGAUGUUGUCCAGUCCCUAGCCAUCUCUGCAGACGGGAACUGUAUCGUCUCGGUCUCAACGGAUGGUUCUGCCCGUGUCUUCGACAUUUCCAUGUUCAAGUGAGAAGGAAAGAAUGAUCAAAGAGUGUAAUUUCCUGAACAUCCAUGGGCAUCUGUUCACAACACAUAUCCUCACAGAAACAAUGCAGACAGAGAACAAGACCCCCGUAGGGGAAGUUCUGCAUAAUCAUUUCUUAUUAAUACUGAAAAUGGCUCGGAAAUUCUUUGACUUU